UUGUGUGUGACUGAGAAGGUACCUGUUCAUAUGGAGGAAGAAGACAGACAAAACCCAAGGAAAUAAACAAGAUAAUUUCAGAUAGUGUGAGAAGAUGGAGGAGUAUGAGGAGUUCUGUGAGAAGGCUCUUGCCAGAUUGCAGGAAGCAUCCCUGGCCACAGAGAGCUUCCUGCCUGCACAGUCCCCGAGUGUCUCCUUGAUUCGCUUCCAUGGAGUGGCUGUGCUUUCUCCACUGCUUAACCUUGAGAAGAGAAACGAAAUAAAAGAAGAAAAGCAGAAAGCACUUGAAAGAGAAGCAAGAAGGCAGGUUACUAGGAAGAAAGCUUUAUUGACGCGUGUUCAGGAGAUUCUUGAAAAUGUUCAGGUUAGAAAAGCACCUAAUGCCAGUGACUUUGAGGAUUGGGAGACUGAAGUCAAAGACUUGAAUGUUCCUGCUGCUUUCCCAAAUAGCUUAUCCAGGCCUGCUGAACGCUCUACAUUAGCAGAGCUUGAAAACAUACCUGGAAUCUUGCCAGUUGAUGAUGAGGACCAGCAUAAAACUAACAGAAUGGAUUUAGCUGGAGAUGCAGAAGAAGUUAAUUCUCCGAAGCAGUGUGAUGGUUCAGAUAUUGGCCCUGCAGAAAAUGAAGCUUCUCCAAAGACCUCAACACCCCUCCAGGACACUCUCAUUUCCGAUGGUCUGUUCUCAACCAACGAAGAGCAAGAUCCCUUGCUUUUGGCGGAGGUCAGGACCCCAGAUCCCUACAUCAUGAGUCUGCAGAACUUGAUGAAAAAAUCAAAGGAAUUUCUAGAGAGGGAGGAGUGUCGACGCAGCCUGAGGAGCGGUGAUAGGAGGAGUGUCAGUGAGAGUCACUCAGACAAGGAGAAUGAUGCUGCUAGAGCCGGUGCCUGUGUGAAGGACAAGACCCCACUGGCAGGCAAGCACUGUGGCUCCCUUAUUCCUGACAAACCAAGCCUUAAUAAGUCCAAUGUUCUCCUUCAAGGUGCUUCUUCUCCGGCAAGCAGCCUGAGCACCUCCACCUUAGCUGACUUUUCUAAAGGAGAUGCGCCUGCCCGACCUGGCCGUCCCUCUCUUCCGGAUCCUGAGUGUGAUGUUAAAGUCAGGCCCACUUUUGUUACUGAAAACAAUGUCAUCAAAAGUCUUACAGGUUCAUAUGCCAAAUUGCCUAGUCCAGAGCCAAGUAUGAGUCCUAAAAUGCAUCGGCGGCGUUCCAGGCCAUUAUCCGCAUGUCAUAUUCUUAUCAAUAACCCAAUAAAUGCCUGUGAAUUAAGUCCUAAGGGCAAAGAGCAGGCAGUGGACGUAGUUGUUCCAGUCAGUGAUGACAAAAGAACAGGACCUGUGCCAAAGUUACCAAGUGAUAUAGCAGGGGUGUGUUCAAGCAAGGUUUAUAUCAGCAAGAAUGCAUCCGAAGCCACAGAGGAUCUGGCUGUGGGUGAAUCAAGUCAGCUGUGUCCAUCUCUAGGAACUCAAUUAGAAGACAGAGUUACUCCUGGACUUGGUACUGUGGAAGGCCAGAUGCCAUCUGGUGAGAGCGGGGCAUGCUGUGCUGCAGUGCCUGAGGUACCUGAGCCCUGUGCCACCAGUCAGUGCCUAGGAAGUCACAGCUUAGGAGCCGGAAGUGGGCCCAAGCUGGCUGGGAUGCCAGAGAAGGGCUGGAAUUCACAAAUGGAACUGAAUAAGUCUUAUGAUGUGAAACACCCAUCUCCCUUACUGACACAAACCAAGAGCUCCAGACAGCAGGUGGCCACACCUACAGUGCCCUGUGCAGAUGAACAGCUUUUGGAUAACAGUUUUGAAAAAGUUAAGCGGAGACUAGAUUUGGACAUUGAAAGUUUGCAAAAGGAAAACUACCCUUAUGUAGUAACAACAGGAAUGGUUGAGCAGGAAAGGCAACAUUUGCCAGAAAAAAGAUACCCCAGAGGACCUGUCUACAUUAACAAGAACAAAAUCUUAGAUACUAGCACCAAAGAAGGUGAGGAGAUCCUAAGAAGUAAGAUGUUAGCAUUUGAAGAAAUGCGGAAAAGACUAGAAGAGCAGCAUGCCCAGCAGUUGUCAUUACUCAUCGCUGAGCAGGAGCGGGAGCAGCAAAGACUGCAAAAGGAAAUAGAAGAACAGGAGAAAGUGUUAAAAGAGAAAGCCAUGACAGCAGAGGUCUCAGAAUCGAGCCUGAGCGCUGCAGCGGAGUUGGAGUGGAGGAAGAGAAGUGACUCUGGCUUGCUAGAAUCAGUGCUGCCCCAGGUGGACUCGUUCCGAACUUGCGGUCCAAACAGUUCUGGUUUCCCAAACUCUGCCCUACAGUACAGCGUUGGCUCUGCGAAUGAAGCACCGUUCUUCCUCUGGGGGUCAUCAGCUAGCAGCAUGAGCAAGCGCUCGGUGACACGGCCUUUCGGAAGGGCCCAGGCUAGGUGGCCUCAGGUUUUUAGUCCUGAAGUCCAAGCGAAGUUUAACAAGAUAACUGCGGUGGCAAAGGGAUUUCUUACCCGCAGGUUGAUGCAGACAGACAAGCUGAAGCAGCUUCGGCAGACCGUAAAAGACACCAUGGAAUUCAUAAGAAGCUUCCAGUCAGAGGCUCCAUUAAAGAGGGGCAUUGUUUCAGCUCAGGAUGCCUCCCUCCAAGAGAGAGUGUCAGCACAGUUGCGAGCUGCCCUGUAUGGUAUUCAUGACAUAUUCUUUGUAAUGGAUGCGGCUGAAAGAAUGUCUAUUCUCCAUUAUGACCGAGAGGCCCGCAAGGAGAAGAUGCUCAGGCAGAUGGAUAAGAUGAAAAGCCCCCGUGUGGCUCUUUCAGCUGCAACACAGAAGUCUCUGGACAGGAAGAAGUUCAUGAAGGCUGCUGAAAUGGGAAUGCCAAAUAGGAGAUUUCUACUUAAACAAAAUCCUUCUGAAACAAGAGUCCUCCAGCCAAACCAAGGACAGAAUGCACCUGUUCAUCGGCUGCUUAGUAGACAAGGAACCCCUAAGACAUCAGUGAAGGGGGGUGUGCAAAAUAGACAGAAGCCUUCCCAGAGCAGAGUGCCUAACAGAGCGCCUGUUGCAGGAGUAUAUGCAGGAAAAACCCAAAGAAAGCGGCCAAAUGUUGCGACAAUUUAAGAAGACAGCAUUCACUAGGGUGACAACUAGGGGAGGACAAUUGUCCAGGUCGUUUUCCUGUCCAAGACUGUCUUAUCCCCGCAAAGUGACAGCAAAGGUCUGAGCAGUCACCUGAUAGUUUGGUCGGUCUGGCUAGUGCUGGCUCACUGCCCAUCUCCUGUAACAUUUGGUGUGGAUGGAGACAGAUUAGUGUUUAGUAAUUGUCUCUUCUCUGUGUUUAACGUAUACAAACAAAAGUAUAUUUUGUGUGCCCAGGUGUCUACAGAGAACCCUUUUGUAACUUAAAAAGGACAUUUGGAUUUAUUU